AUGUCGGGCUUCAUAUCCGAUGCGCGCGGCUCUGCGGAAAUAACCGCAGAGCCCGUAUUGCAGCCACGGUUGGUAUCAGCUUCUUCUGUUGGUAAUACGAGCUCUUUUGCUGAUAAUGAUCUCUCUCUUUCUUCGUUGAAUACAGGCCCCAAGGAAUUUCUUGAGCCUAAAAACCCGGCAACUUUGGAUGCUAUCUCCGUGACCGACUCCGAUGACGGUCGCGUGGCCACCGAAGACGAAGUGCGCGAUCUUCUCCACGUCGUCGACAAAAUUCCCAUUCGGCUUUGGGUCGCCUGCCUAGCGGGGAUCCUGGAGCGAUUCGUGUGGUACGGAGCGACUGCUCCUCUGCAGAAUUAUCUGCAGAAUGCAUCUGGAGGAGAGGUCCCUGGAGCUCUGGGUCUGGGGCAGGCAACUGCUUCGAAUAUUGUGAAUGCGCUGACUAUUGGGGCUUAUAUCACUCCCAUUCCUGCUGCUGUGAUUGCUGACAGCUGGCUCGGUCGGUACACGACCAUGCUAUACGCCGCUAUCAUUGAGUCCAUUGGCGCAGCAAUUCUAUUCGCAACAUCCUUGCCAGUCGCAAUGCACGAUGGUGCGGCUCUGGGCGGCGUGAUCAGUGCAUCCGUGCUCUUGGCUGUUGGCUCGGGGGCUUUCAAAACGACUGUGGUCCCUUUCAUCGCCGAUCAAUAUGACCAAACCGAGUUUCGAAUCCGGUAUCAAAGCGGCAAGAAGGUCGUCGCCGACCGAGAUCUCACCAUCACAUACAUUUACAAUGUGUUUUACUGGGCCGUGAAUGUGAUAUGCUUCCUCGCCGAUUGUACCCCACUAAUGGAGAGAUACGUUGGCUUCUGGCUCGCCUAUCUGAUUCCAUGCUGUUGCAUGUGGCUGGCCCUCAUUCCAAUUCUUAUCGGCCGUAAUUACUUUGUGCGAGCACCGCCAACGAGCAACAUCAUGCCCAAAGUAGUUGCAGCAUUGCGCUGUGGGAUUUCAGGUGGAUUUCAAAUGGACGCUGCCAAACCAGAUGCUCAGCUUCAGCACGGUCGUCAAGUUCCUUGGUCGGAUUCCUUCAUUGAAGAUAUCAAGCGAAGUCUUUUGACAUGUCGAGUGCUGCUUCUUUUUCCAAUCCACUGGCUUUGCUACAAUCAGACAUUCAACAACUUGAUCUCCCAAGCUGGACAGAUGGUCACGCAUGGUAUCCCAAACGACAUGAUCAAAAUCGCCGGUCCCAUAUCGGGGAUCAUCGUUGCACCCAUCAUCCAAAAGGGGCUGUACCCUUACCUCACCAGAAAGAACAUUCAAUUCCGCCCCAUCACUAGAAUGACAGUGGGGUUCUUUAUCCUCGUUCUUUCCAUGGUCUACAUAACCGUGGUUCAAAAAAUCAUCUACAUGAGCGGGCCGUGCUACGACAGACCCCUCGAGUGUCCCGCUGCAAACAAUAGCACCAUUCCCAAUCAGAUCUCGGUGUUUCUUCAAUUGCCAAUCUACUUUAUCAGUUCAUUGGCCGAGGUCUUCUGCAUGACUACGGGAACCGAGUAUGCCUAUAACAACGCGCCCGAUAGUAUGAAGACUCUGGUUCAGGCUAUUUGGCUUGCGAUGGCGGGAAUUGGGAUUUGUUUGGCUUUGGCGUUUACGCCGUUAACCAAGGAUCCCUACUUGGUCACUAUGUAUGCUAUAUUGGCUGGACUUUUGGGUGCGGCUACGAUCUUGUUGUGGGUAAUCUUCCGCCAUGUGGAUGAAAUCAAGGAAGAGGCUGAGUGA